AUGAGCGGUUACAGAUCUCACAGAAGUGACAGAACUAGACGCAGUGCUCAUCCUACAACGAGCACUAGGGUAGUCUCGGCAGCCAAACCAUUCUCCAGGCUACAACCCGAGACUAAACAGAGGACUAAACCCACGGUCACAGCCACAGGGAGACAGUACACCGUCAAGGUAAACCAUCUUCCUCUUGAUACCAAAGAAAGGGAAGUGUAUGAAUAUUACAAAGAGUUUGGAUCCAUUUCUAAUCUCCGAGUCAUGCCCAGCACGAAUGAAUCCUAUGCUUUAAUCAAUUAUGAAACUGAAACUGAUGCUCAAAGGGCAAUGAGGCAUACUAAUGGUAAAGAAGUUUUUGGCUGCACUGUUAAAGUAGUAUGUAAAUGGAAAGAUAAUGUUCAACACACUCUGAAAGUGACAAAUCUCUCACUGAAUGUAACUCAGGAAGAAAUGGAAGAUGUUUGUCGUAGCUAUACAGAUUAUCAAAGUCUUAAAGUUAAUAAGGGACAUGCUUAUGUCAAUUUUUCAUCACUAGAAGGUGCAACAACAGCAAUGGAAUUUUUAAAGAAAGUAAAAUUUUAUGGGCAAUGCCCCAUCGUCAAAUUGCAUGAUAAAGAUUCUAUUCAAGCCUCUCCUACUCCACCUCAAGCUCAGGCCUACACCUUUUCACCUUCUUUUACUCAUCCUUCAGCCCAUAGCCCUCUUCCUUCAGCUCUUCCUAUUUCACCUGAUGCUC